AUGGGCGGGGCGAGGGAGGAGGAAGGGGAUGGGCUUUUCCAGGAACCAGGCCACGGGGUGGGAACCCUAAACUUUCCAAACGCCACCUCGCCCCCAAUCACCGGCUCCCCCGGCCCCCUCACUCCCCCGUCUCUGGCACAAAAGGAUUGCCCUGCUCUCAAAGAACCCAGAGUCCCUAGCAGCCACUGCACGUGGGCUUUCCGUGGUCCAGUCGCCUGGCGUGGGGUGGCGUGGCGUGACGUGACACACAGAACAGAGCCGCUUUGCAGUCCUCCGGCCGUCCCGCACCACGCGCAGAAGCGUUUUUCCCUCCAGUGCUCGUUUGCACCCACGCUCAGCAGCCGCGACCUUCGGGCGCACCCCCGCCCACUCCCUACCCUCACAGCCCCGACCCGUAGUGGGGCGGCGAGGGAGUGGGAGGGAGGACGCGCGCACACUCACUACGGCGCGCGCACCACCUCCCAGCCCCUUAUCCCGGGUCCCCUCCUCGACUUUUUAAUACUUCUUCCAGUCUCUCUAGGCAUAAAUCCCUGUCCCCCUCCCCCUUCCUUUUUCUGUCCCCCUGAAACGGUCGUGGUCGCGGGCUGGUGGGUCAGGCGCCCCGCCCCCCGGGCCACUCAGGCGGCGGGUAACGGGGGUAGGGCAUUGGUAGGGUCGAGGGGGAGGGGUUACCGUUGGCUAGGGGGCGGGGCAGAAUGGGCGUGCGCACGCGUGCUGAGCUCUGCGAAGGGUGAGCGGUUUUCCCUCCCCCAACGGGAGCUUCUGCUCGCAUCAGUGGGCUUCCCGCGCGCGGCUCGCCGCCGCCGCCGCCGCCGUCCCGGGGUUUCUGGUGCGCGCCGUCCCUCCCUCCCUCGUUUUCUUUCUCCCCCCAGUGACUCCCGACGCGGGGAACGGGGCCUCCCGAGCCGCCCCGCGCAGGCUCCUCCCCCACCCCCUCGCUCCCGUUGCCGCUGCAGCCGCCGCCGCUGUUGCCGCUGCCGCGGCCACGCUUUGUGGUUGGGGGACGUCCAGGUGACCAAACUAGGGGGCGGGGGAGGGGUGCCCGUGUCGGCGGGGGGGCGGGGGUUUGGGACAAGCCCCGCCCCUCUCCCCACCUCCAAUCGCGGGGUGAAUGGAAGCCCCGCAACCCCCAGGUCGGCUCGGUGUUUGGAAGUCAUGUCGGGUCCGGCCCCCCGAGAGCCCCACACGUCCACCCCUCUGGCGGCUGCGGCUGCUGCUGCUGCUGCUGCUGCUUCGGCUGCUUCGGCCUCGGCUGCUGCAGUCAGCGGCGCUGCUGCUUCCGACCCCGCCCCCGCGGCCGAGGGCCCUUCCAAUGACACUUCGUUCGGGGAGCAGGGCCUGAGCUUCACCACCACAGACCUCAACCUGGUGGAGAUGACUGAGAUCGAGUACACCCAACUGCAGCACAUCCUCUACUCGCACAUGGAGGCCCAGGCUAACGAAGGGGAACUGGAAACCCGGCUAAAUUCCGCCUUUUUCUCUGCGAGCAAUCCCUCGAGCCAGGCUCAGUACCAAUCCUCCAGCAGCACCAGCCAGCCCAGCUACUCCUCCAACAGCACGGGGAGCCAGUCAGUGUAUCCAAUCAUCUGCCAGUCAGGCCUGACUUCUGAUGGCAGCUUUGUGGGCUCAAACCAGUGUCUGGGACACAUUGAUUUCCAAGAGCUGAGAAUGAUGCUGCUCAGUGAAUCCAAUUUACCUGUGACAGUUGGCAACCAGGUAGAGAAAACACCCAACAAUAGCUCUGUAGAGGUCACUGGCCACAGUGUGGUAAGAGUUAAGCAUGGAGAAAAUGUUGGUGGACCAAAUAAAGAAAAUAUAGCUGUUGAAAAUCUGGCUCCUGUGCCAGAAACUAGAUCUAAAUCUGCAGUCCGAGUUCGGCUGGAAGACAGAUUCAACAGUAUCCAGACAGAAAUUCCCAGGUGCCAAGAGCCUCAGGAAUCUGGAGUUACUCUUAACAAUUUGGUAACCCUUAUUCGACAUCCAUCUGAACUAAUGAACGUUCCUCUUCAUCAGCAGCAAAACAAAUGUACCACAUUAGUGAAAAAUAAAACUGCUGCUGCUACUACUGCUUUGCAAUUUACAUACCCAUUAUUUACUGCAAAUGCCUGUUCUACUGCUGGGAAUUCUAAUCUUUCACAAACACAGAGUUCUAGUAACUCUUCUAUACUUGAAGCUGCCAAACAUCAAGAUAUUGGGUUACCCAGAGCAUUUUCUUUCUGUUACCAGCAAGAGAUUGAAUCUACUAAACAGACAUUAGGCAGUAGAAACAAGCCUUUACCUGAGCAGGUUUGGAUUAAAGUAGGAGAAGAAGCGUUAUGUAAACAAGCAAUAAAUAAAAGAAAUCGCAGUCGAAUGCGUCAGUUGGACACAAAUGUAGAAAGAAGAGCUCUUGGUGAAAUUCAAAACGUAGGAGAAAGCCAGAGCACCACAACUUCACAGGGUGCUUGGCAGUCUACAGAAUCCGCACAAUCAAGCCUAGGCGACCAGACACAAAGUGGGCAACAGGGUGGACGCUCUCAGCGCAGGGAGAGGCACAAUCGAAUGGAAAGAGAUAGAAGGCGCAGAAUUCGGAUUUGUUGUGAUGAAUUGAAUCUUCUAGUUCCAUUCUGCAAUGCUGAGACUGAUAAGGCAACAACUUUACAGUGGACAACAGCAUUCCUGAAAUAUAUUCAGGAAAGACAUGGAGAUUCUCUGAAGAAGGGCCUAUACUUGUUCAGGCUACAGAGAAACCACCGACAGAUAGGGCAUCCCUCUCUCGGACAGUGCUUGCUUGGGGUGAAACCAACAGUUUGUUUCUUCUUCAUCUUCUUUUUAUGUUGUCCAUAUUACUAUACAAAUCUCAUGAAUCACACCUUCAUCCAUUUCCUGGUUUUCAUCUUUAUAGUUGACACUCUUAACCAUAUUAUGUAUUAG